AUGCAAAACACAUUCACUGUCAGUGAACCAGCAGAUCAAGAUGAGUACUGGUGUCAGGGAAACAGUAAUGUCAGACCCACAUCCUCACAAAGAAGUGACUCUGUUACUCUGAUUGUGAAAGACUUGCCCACAGCUACACUCACUGUACAACCAGAGAGUUCUGUGUACACUGGAGAGAUAGUCAAUCUGAAGUGUGCGAUUGUGUCUGGGAGCAACUGGAGAUAUAAGUGCUUUGCCCACAGCUACACUAACCAUGGAGCCAAACUGGAAUCCUGUGUACAGUGGAGAGACAACUUGCCCACAGCUACACUCACUGUACAACCACAGUAUCCUGUGUACACUGGAGAGACAGUCACCCUGAAAUGUGAGAUAGAGUCUGGGAUGAACUGGAGAUAUAAGUGGUAUAAAGGCAGCACUCAGACUGCAGUGUCUCAGUCUAAUGGUUACACUAUAACUGGAGACACAUUCAUCAUCAGAGCAGCUGCUGUAACUGACCAGGAUCAGUACUGGUGUCAGGGAAAGAAUGAUGACAGACCAACAUCCUCACAAAGGAGUAAUACAGUUACUCUUACUGUUUUAGAGAGACCAAUGGCUGUUGUGAUCCUGCAGCCUGAUAAACAAACAUUCAGAGGAGAGACUGUCACUCUCAGAUGUCAAAUAAAGGGAGAGAGAGACACUGACUGGGAAUACAGCUGGUAUAAGAAGAGUUCUUCACUCAGUCCUGUCAGUAAAGAUCAGGAAUACACAAUCAGUCCUGUUUCUGAGUCCCACAGUGGUGAAUACACCUGCAGAGGAAAACGCAGAAGAGACUCACAGAACUCAGAGAUGAGUGAUUUUGUAACACUGACUGUAUCAUCCGGAUCAAAACCAAAACCUCAACUCACCUCCAGUCUUAAAGGAGCAGUACUGACAGGAAACACAGUUACUCUGAGCUGUAAACUGGACCAGUCCACAGGAUGGGAGAUUUACUGGUACAGACACACACAGGACUCUUCAGCACUGAUACAGACAGAUAAAGACUCCUACACAAUCAGUCCUGUUACAGACUCUGAUGGAGGACAGUACUGGUGCAGAGCUGGAAGAGGAAACCCAGUCUACUACACACAAUACAGUGAUGCAGUCUGGGUAAAUGUUACAGAGAGACCAAAGGCUGUUAUGAUCCUGCAGCCUGAUAAACAGACAUUCAGAGGAGAGACUGUCACUCUCAGAUGUCAAAUACAGGGAGAGAGAGACACUGACUGGGAAUACAGCUGGUAUAAGAAGAGUUCUUCACUCAGUACUGUCAGUGAAGAUCAGGAAUACAGAAUCAGACAUGUUGAUGAGUCCCACAUUGGUGAAUACACCUGUCGAGGAAAACACAGAAAUGACUUGGAGAACUCAGAGAUGAGUGAUGCUGUAACACUAACUGUGUCAUCAGGUCUGUCUCCUCCAGCCUCUCUGAUCAUCAGUCCCAACACAACUCAACACUUUACAUCUGAUUCUCUCUCACUGAGCUGUGAGGUACAGAGUAAUUCUGCUGGAUGGACAGUGAGACGAUACACACAUAAUGGAGAGGUGUCAAACUGUUCAUCAGACUGGGGAUCAGUAACAGGAUCUACAUGUAGCAUCAGCUCCCUCCAGUCAUCAGACAGUGGAGUGUACUGGUGUCAGUCUGACUCUGGAGGGAACAGUAAUCCUCUCAACCUCACAGUGACUGACGGUGAUGUGAUCCUGGAGAUUCCUGUUUAUCCUCUUACUGAGGGAGACAUUUUGACUCUGCGCUGUAGAUAUCUAUUUGACCCCUCAGACCUCACAGCUGAUUUCUAUAAAGAUGGAUUAGUCCUCCAGAAUCAGACUACAGGAGAGAUGACCAUCCCUACUGUGUCAAAGUCAGAUGAGGGUCUCUACUGGUGUAAGCACCCAGAGAGAGGAGAGUCACCAAAGAGCUGGAUCACUGUCAAAAGUUCCAGGUCAAACAAGACAAUUCUAGACCAAACCGAGUUUCCAAACCAGGUUCAGAACCAAACAAGAGAGGCAGUGCAGGUACCAUUAGCAUCUGCUCCACUGCAGUCUGGAUCUGUUCACAAUUUUGAACCUCCUGAGGUUCCAGUUAGAAGCAAAAGAGGAACUAUCCACGUUUACAGUAGCAUCAAGACUGCAAAUAUAAGCAGAAGAGGAACUGUUCACGUCUAUGAUAGUAUAGAUGCUCCGAAGAGAUUCAUCAGGGACAAGACCAACACUUUUGAGCAACAUCCACUUUAUAGUAGUGCAGUCAACCGCAUGCACAGUUCUCCCUCUUAUACCACGCAUCCAACCGCAGUCGUUCAAGGUGUGUCUCCUCUUAUACCACGCAUCCGACCGCAGUCGUUCAAGGUGCGUCUGACCUUCAUUCCACCAGUGUAA